AUGGAAUACAGUUGUACGGACUUCAAGGUGGGAAAAUGUGAAGGCGAAAAGGUGGUUGAUGGUGAAACCAUGCCAUUAGUCCUGCAACCUCCGGAGUCUAAGAAAGGUGACUUUGAGUCACUUCUGUCAGCACUGAAGAGGAACAAAGAGUGGUUUGAAGAGAUGAUCAUCAAGAGCAGCGCUGUUCUUCUUCGCGGUUACGACGUGAGAAAUGCCGAGGAUUUCAACGAGAUCAUCGAGGUGUUCGGUUGGGAUGAUAUUCGUUAUGUCGGGCCAGCUCCAAGAACUCAUGUCCACAAGAGAGUUUGGACUGCCAAUGAGGGACCCCUCUCGGAGUUCAUAUACUACCACCAUGAGAUGGUUUUGAUUAAGGAAUUUCCCAAGAAGUUGGUUCUAUUUUGUGAGACGCCACCACCAGAAGGAGGACAAACACCUUUUGUUCCAAGCUUCCGGAUAACGGAACGGAUGCUGGAGGAGUUCCCAGAAGCUGUAGAAGAAAUAGAGUCAAAAGGGCUAAAAUACACGUUCACCGCGCUAAACAACAAGGACACAUCCUUCUCCUCUUCCUCCUUUAGCUCCAUGAGAGGUAGAAGUUGGGAGGAUGCUUUUGGGACAUCAGAUCAAGCUGAAGCUGAGCGAAGGGCUAAGGCUCUAGGCAUGGACGUGGAGUGGCUACCGAAUGACAGAAUGAAGACAAUAUUGGGUCCAAGAUGUUUAACAAAGGUGUUUGAUGGAAGGAGAGGAAGGAGAAUGUGGUUUAACACGCUCGUCGGCAUGUAUGGGAAGACGCAUAGCUCAGCUAUGAUGGCAAAUGGGGAAGAGAUUCCAGAAAAUGUGGUCAAGAGAUGUGAAGAGAUCAUUGAAGAGGAAAGCAUCCAGUUUGAUUGGGAGAAAGGGGAUGUUCUUUUCUUAGACAACUUAGCUUUGCUCCAUGGAAGAAGGCCUUCUCUUCCCCCUAGAAGAGUCCUUGUUGUCACAUGCAAGUAG